GCCAAGGAAUUGGUAGAAGAAACCAUCCAAGUAGUUGUCACACCACUUGCUGACGAAACUCAAGAGAAAGAAAAUAAACAACAACAAGAAGAAGAGAAAUGGAAGUAAAAGAAACCAAGAAAGAAUGAAAAAGAAGGCAAGAAGAGGAAGAAAAAGAAGAGAGACAAAGUAGGAUAUGGCAGAUAUAUUUAUAAGGUAAUGAAGCAAGUACAUCCAGAUAUGGGAAUAUCAUCAAAAGCUAUGACCAUAUUGGACAAUGUGAUGGGAGACAUGUUUGAAAGAAUUGCACAGGCAGCAGCAACGUUGUCAACGUACGUAGGGAGGACAACGUUUUCGUCGAGGGAGAUUCAGGGUGCUGUGAAGAUAGUGUUGCCUGGAGAACUUGGGAAACAUGGCAUUGCUGAAGGAACUAAAGCUGUAGUUAGUUAUUUUACUACUGUUGCUGAAGAAAACAAGUCCAAGACUAAGUGAAGUUAACUUUAAUUUAUAGUGGUGUUAAUUAUAGGUUUCUUUUACUUUCGGUUUUUCUGCUUUUUGUGUUUCUUUUGUUUACCUUAUUAGUGGUUAACUAC